CUCCUUGAUUCUGAAAAAUGGAUAUUUUGCGAGCUUCGAGUAUCGUCAAAGCAUUGCCUUUUAUAUCCAAAACAAUUGUGGAUGAUACACUUUAUGAGAAAGUCUUGUCUUAUUUAACCCUCGUCUUGUCACAAUCCACAGACACUGAUAUUCAGACAUUAAACGAAGCCAGUCCUAUCUUUAAACACAUGAAACAGGCUUGCAUAGAUACACAAGACCAAGAUUAUCGUGUUACCACUUUAUGCAUACGUGUAUUAGCCCAAGUGAUUUAUUACGCCCCGUUUCUUUUCACAGACCUACAAGAAAAUUAUGCUAGUUUACUCACAUUAAUCACUAACGGCAUCAAGUCUUCCGAGGGUGCAUUGCGUCGUGCCAGUAUCGAAGCAUGUCGAUUAUUUAUUCAUUGUCCUCAGGGCUAUAAGUGGUUAUUACACAAUACACAAGCAACACGUGUGAUUCCCUUGGCUUUGCUCGACCAAAGUAAUUAUGUCGUGGCCGAAGCAUGUCAAUUAUUUGCUGCCUUGUUGACAUUGGACGCCAAAGAAUUACUGGAGGUGAUGGAUCCCUCUUCUUUUAUCAUUUCGAUUUUAGACCCGCAUUGCGAUGAUAAACAAGUGAUUUCAGCCCUGGAGUUUUGUUGGGUCAUGGUGAACAUUCAACAACCAAAUGCACUUAUUUAUCUCCGAACCAAGAAACUUUUAUAUGGGGUAAUGCCAUUGUUAUGCUCGGUGAAUCGAAUUAUACGAUACAGAGUGUUGGAAAUUCUAUCUGUGCUAUUCAGUUGGGACAGAGAUCCUUUAAUAACGCUGGGUUUAUCAGACAUAGAAUCCGAAUUAGAUACAACAUAUGAAAAAAUGGUUUUUAUUUCAAAUACGAUGAUUCAACAAGCUGCCAACGCAGAUGAUUUAAUGACGGCUGUGUCUUUGCUCGAUACGACAUUUGUCUUGUUGGGCCGUUGUAAAGAAAAGAACACACCGUUUGAUACACUUUACUCGAUAUACGAAGCAUGUCAAGCCGGAACACCUUUAUUAAAGACAGACCGUUUAAAGAACAAUGUAUUGCAGCUUGUCUUACGUAGCAUGCAUACCUUGGUAAGAAUUCUUCCGGAGACGAUCCAUGAUGACCGAUUCAUUCAUUUCUUUCGUGUGUUGGAUAACGCCGUGUUUUAUUCAGAUCCACGUGUACUUAAAUCUUGCUUGGAUCUACUUACCACAUCAUUAUAUACGAUGGCCGAUCCAAACGUUUUAGCUCAAUCGAUGUACUCCCUUGUACAUGUGCUGAGUGAUGAUUCAGUGCUUUUAGGCUGCAAAAGUCUUGUGAUCGUGUUACAGGCAUUGGAUUCUUUAUUGGCACAUGAAGCCGUUGGCACUCUUGUCAACGAAUCCUCAACUUCUGCUACAUUGGUGGAUGCAUUGAGUAUGCGAUUUUUAGAUACAGAAUGGGAUGUACGAGAUGCUGUGAUUCAUUUUGUAGGAGGGUUGUUUCAAGAACCCGUGAAUGAUACCAAAGUACAGUUUGCUUGUACAUUUGAUUUGCCAUUGCAAGUGUUCAGCCGUAUACACGAUGCAGAACCAUACGUGCGUGCUUCUGCUGUACAAGUACUAACAAAUAUGGUAAAAUGUAAAGGAGGGUGGGAUUACAUCCAGGAACAUCAAGUGAGUAAAGACUUGGCGGGGAAAUUACCUAGUAUGUUGUACGAUUCUGAGGCGUUUGUGCGUCGAGCAGGAUUAGAUGCGAUUAUUUGCCUGGUUCGUAAUCGAUCUUGUGCAGGUAUGACAAUGGAAAUUGAAGAUUCUCAAAGCGAGACGUCACUAAAUCCAGUGAUUAUCAAAAAGCUUGUUUACGAUGAAGAUUCGGAUGUACGUAUCCGUGCAUGUGCAUUAAUUGAGGCACUAUGGAGAUUAAACGGCGGAGAACACGAAGAAAAGAAUGGGUUUAUUCGUCAUAUUCGAGGAGCGGAAUUGCUGGUGGAAUGUGCGACGGAUGUAAAUCGGGUGGUGCGCAUUGAAGCGUAUCGUGUGAUUGACAGUAUUCUGAGUGACUACCCAGCGCAAGAAAAGGGACGGAAGAGGAAGUUUGAACACAAGGAUGAAUUCACAUGCCAAUUUUUGGAAUUACUAAAUACGGUCGAUAGAGUGCGUUUAAAGGAUUCACUUGAUCCUGAACAUUUGUAUCAAGAAGCUUUUGAUAUCAAUGCGGACAUGAUGACGCAAUCUAUUCUUCCCACCAAUCCUGAAGAUGAUAUCAAUAUGUUGGAUUGCUAUUAGAAAAAUUACAAGGCCCGUGAAGAAACCCGAUCAUUUUGAAUAAAAUUUAUGCGAAUAAAAUGAUUGGAUUAGAUAAAAAAGAUUCGAUCUCAA